AUGGGACAUUAUCCUUCACUAACCAAAGUUGCCACAUCCUUAGGGAUUGAUGCCAGAGAACUAGCAAGCAAGAAAGAGAUAAAGGGAGGGAUUGAAGGUUUCUCGAGAAUUAACCUUGAGCGGUGUGCGUUGAACUUAGCACAGAGUGAGAAAUGGGACGCCUUCAUGGAUGUGUUCGCCCUCAUCAUUUAUGGGAUUGUCUUAUUCCCAAAUGUUGAAAACUUCAUUGACUUUGCUGCCAUCGACGUCUUCUUGGCCUUCAAACAUGAAAGAAAGAGUCACGUACCGACCAUCCUUGUUGAUAAAUAUCAUUCCCUUACCUUGUGCCAUGAGAGAAGGGGUGGGAUGAUUUUGUGUUGUCUGCCUAUACUAUACUUGUGGUUCACAUCUUACAUGUUCAAGAGAGGAGGUCAAAUUGAGAUUAAAAAUAAGAGUGAAUGGGAUCACAACAUAACCAAUCUUAGUGAAAAGACCAUCUCUUGGUACUCGCGAGAGCAAAACAUUGAUGAAGUGGUUUGUCAAUGUGGAGAUUUCCUGAACGUACCACUCAUGGGUACUAAGGGAUGCGUAAACUACAACCCCGCUCUUGCGAUAAGGCAACUCUGUUAUCCGAUUAGAAGUCCACUGGUUGAGGAUUCGAUUACUCCUUUCAUGGUUUAUGAUAUGACUAAGGAGUUGGACUUGCUUAACAAGAUUAGACAUUCUUGGGACAGGGUGAUCAAGAAAGGGAGAGAAUUGGGAAAAAGAAAUUGUAAUAUGGAGGGGAGUUAUCAACAGUGUCAAGUUGUAAUGUGGGAAAAAGAAAUUGUAAUGUGGGUCCAACAUGUCAAGUUACCAUUUCGGGGUCCCAUUCUAAUUAUUGAAGAAACACCAAUUCAAGAACCCAUGAGUCUGGAGGAGAUCGAAAACUUAAAGAAGAGUUAG